GAGAACGUCAAGUCGAUCGCAGGGUUGGGAGGCAUCGGUGCGGUGAUCCAUGGCAUGAGGAGUCUCCUUGGUGUUGCUGAAGUGCAGGAGCAAGGGUGCCUUGCUUUGAGGAACUUCUCCCUUCAAACGGAGUACAAGACCAAGAUACUUGAGCAGGGAGGCAUAGAGGUCAUCAUCGCCGGAAUGAGCAGGCACGGUGGGGAUGAAAGGGUUCAAGAGCAGGGUAAUGGACUGCUAGGGAUCCUGGCCAUGGAAGAGCAGGGCACCGCACGUAUCGGAGAGGCAGGAGGGAUCCAAACGUUGCUCGCUGGGAUGAGAAGGCAUCCAAGUCACGCUGGAGUACAAGAGACGGGCUGUGGAGCACUUCGAUGGUUGGCCCUGAACCCUGGAAACAAGUCGAGGAUCGCGGAAGCUGGAGGAGACGAAGCUGUGAGAGCCUGCAUGAAGGCACACGCAUCACAUCAAGGGGUGCAGCGGCAAGGACGCUGGGCUAUGGAGAAU